CUGCCAUCCUCACCUCGAGAUGACCAUGACACUCUUCAGUCCGUGUAGAUGAGCUUGGUCAAUACAACUCGGCUCACCGCAGCCAGCAGCAGUGAUGACGCCCCCUUCUGGAUCCUGCGCCAUCACUCGCCUGCGUCCAUCACCGCACUCGCCUUCCUCAAAGGAAUAUGCAGCCCACCUUCUCAGAGAGGCACAUCGGCAUCAGACGCAAGCACUGACGGUAGUGAUGAAGAGUCCCAAUCUUCCUCCUCCUCCUCAGCCUCCUCGUCCGCUCCUCCGCAGUCCGUCCUGCCUCAGCAAAGUCGCUACCUCCUCAUAGGCGACGCAGACGGCAACGUAUCACUGGUCGACCUCACCUCCUAUAGAGCAGUAGCCCACUGGCAAGCGCACAAAGCAGGGACUUCGAUACUGGGUGUGGAUGAUUGGCCAUACGAGGGAUUAGAUGAGAGGUACAGGCGCAGAGGACGUAGGAGCAGCAAGAAGCUGCGGGUGGUGACGCACGGCAGAGACAAUACACUCAAGAUCUGGUCUCUGAUCGUACCUUCGACCUCUGCUCUUGGUAAAACUCGAGAAGCGCCUCUCGCAGAGCCCAAUUUGCUGCACACACUGCAAGUCAAUGCUCUCAACUUUUGCCGCUUCUCCCUCUUGCCCGUAGAAGCAGGCAAGGGCAAGAGCAGAGGUCAGGGAGGCGCAGAUGCGGUUGGCGAGGAGUCAACAUGCGAAGGGAGUGAAGAAGAGGCAAUGCUGGCGGUGCCCCAUACAUUAGACUCCGGAUACAUCGACAUCUACCACCUCCCCUCAUAUACCAGGCUGCACACCUCCAUCGGUUCGACCUCUUCAGCCACUGCACAAAGGAGAGUAGGCGGUGUGACUCGCGCCCCCAUUGUGAUGGCUAUGCAUCUCUUCCGACUUUGUGCGCAACGAGCAGCAAGCGUGGGCGACGAAGAGGGCAAGGCUGGCACGACGGGAAAAGAGGAGGAGGACAGCGGAAAGGAUAAGGGGACACUUGCAUUACUGGCGGGUCAUGAAGACGGAUCUCUCGUCUUAUGGACACAUCCCGAUGGUAGGAAUGAGGGCAAAGAGCCGCAAACGCAGUGGAAGGAAAGCUGGAGAGCAAAGCCUCACAGGGAGAGUGUCCUCACUCUCUCCAUCCUGAACAUCCCCUCAAGCUCAAGCAUCUACUUUCUCUCCGCAGGCGUCGACGAUCGAGUUGUCCUCGGCAGCGUGGAUCUCCCCUCUCCUUCCUCUCCAAUCUCUGUCCAAAUCCUACACAUCUACACAAUCCCCAAUGCUCGCGGAGGCAAGGCGGCCUCUGCCUUUCUGCCUCUUGCGGCUGGCGUGAGAAUACCAAGUAAGGAGAGCACACAACAGACCCAAGAGGGACAAGAAUCGCGAUGGGAGGGGCAGGGGGAGGGGGAGAGGGAAGAGCUUCGCUUCCUCCUCGGAGCCUGGGACGGGCGGGGUAAAGUGUACUCGUACGAACCGCUCGUCCCGUCCACAUCGACCUCAACCUCGACAUCGACGCCUUCUUCCGCAUCGACGAGGGAGGGUGGGAGCAUUGCGUGCAUCCGUACGCUGCGCUACCACAAGGAGGGGGUGCAGGCUGUGGCUUGUGCUGCGCUUGCUGGAGCAGGAUACGGAGCAGGCGAAAGGGACAAGAACAGGGAGAGGGAGAGGGAAGCGCUGAUUGCUCUAGGGGGAAAGGAGGGAAGAGUGACCCUCUGGCGUGGCUGAGGGUGAGGAUACGUGAGGAUACGUAGGGUGAGAGAUGGAGGGAGAGAAUUGCUUUUUCUAGAGGGGAAUAGUAUUUACUUUCAAUGGCAAUGGCAAUGGCGAUGGCUUUGUGAAGCGUUGUGAAGCUGUAUCGUGCCCUUCUAAUCGCAAUAUCUGAUACUCCUCUGAU